AUGGCCCGCACAGCUGGGACCUGCGCGGCCGCGCCAAUCCCUUCGCAGGACGAGCCGAUGGUCAUCCCGCGCGGCAAGGCCAUGGGCGGCUCGUCGUCCAUCAACGGCCAGGUGGUCUUCCGCGGCAUACCCGAGGACUACGACCUCUGGGCCGAGUGGGGCAACGACGAGUGGAAGUUCACCGACUGCCUGCCCUUCUUCCGCAAGCUGGAGAACGACCGGGACUACAGCGGCGACGACUUCCAUGGCUCGGAGGGCCCGCUGCCGGUGCGCCGGCCCAAGCGCCAGGACUGGCUGCCCUUCAACACCGCUUUCUACGACGCCUGCGUCCGCCUGGGUAUCCCCGAGCACCCCGACCAGAACGCCCCCGACUGCUACACCGCCGUUUCGCCGCGGCCGAUGAACAACAUCGACGGCGUGCGCAUGAGCACCUCGCUGACCUUCCUCAGCACCGCCCGCCACCGGCUCAACCUGACAGUGCGGGGCAACAUCUACGCGCGCCGCGUCGUGCUGGACGGCAACCGGGCGGUGGGCGUCGAGGUGGAGAGCGGCGGCGAGAUCUUCACCGUGGAGGGCAACAACGUCGUGCUGUGCAGCGGCACCAUCGGCUCCGCCCAACUGCUGCUCCUCUCGGGCAUCGGACCCGCCGACCACCUGCGCGAAAUGGGCAUCCCGGUGAACCACGAGCUGCCCGGCGUGGGCAUGAACUUCCGCGACCAUCCCGCCGCCUAUAUCCUGUUCCGCGGCGAGGGCGAGGAACCCGACACCUUCGCGCCCAACAUCCAGGUGGGCCUGCGCUGGAGCGCGGACGACUCGCCGACCAAGUCCGACUUCCAGAUCACCCCGACCCUGAUGACCAGCGAGCACCGACCAUCCAGCAUCAGCUACGACGGUUCCGGCUUCCACUUCGGCCUCAGCGUGGGGCUGCAGAACGCGGUCGGGGCCGGUCGCCUCUCGCUCCAGUCCACCGACCCGGCAGUCCAGCCUGAUCUCGACUACCAGCUGUUCAGCAGUCCCUACGACCGCCAGCGGAUGCGUCAGGCCAUUCGCAAAGCCCUGGAAAUCGCCGAGGAGUCUCCCUUCAAAGACUUCAUCGUCGAGCGGUUGAAUCCGGUGGAUACCGACCUCGUCAGCGACGACGCCCUGGACAACUGGAUCCUUCGCAACGCCUACACCCAGCACCACAUCGCCGGCACCUGCAAGAUGGGCCCCGCCAGCGACCCCAUGGCAGUGGUCAGCCAGCACGGCCAGGUCCACGGCAUCGAGGGCCUGCGAGUGGCGGAUGCCUCGGUGAUGCCCGACGUGAUCCGCGCCAACACCAACGCCACCACCAUAAUGAUCAGCGAGCGCGUCUCGGAGUUCAUCAGGCGGGAGCAUAGUUCCGACAACAGUUACCGCGCGUAG